UGGUCUUGGUUUUGGUUAAACGAGUUUGGGUUUUAAUUGAAAUUGAGAUUCCCAUUCUUACUGCCUCAUCAUUACUUGGAAUCUCUUCGAUCUCGUCUUCUGUAGACGAUCAUCAUGAGUUUCUGCAAAUGGGUUUUCCUCAUUUUGGUCCUUCAUUUACUCAAUUGUCCGCUGAUUUCUAGUUCCUCUCCCCAAUCCUCAACUGGGUUAUCUCAAUUUCCCCAAAAGUUUAUAAAUUUGGCUAAAAGGGAUGAGUUUUUUGAUUGGAUGGUCGGAAUAAGAAGGAAAAUCCACGAGAACCCAGAGCUGGGUUACGAGGAAAUUGAGACCAGUAAGCUCAUCAGAGCAGAAUUGGACAAGAUGGGUGUUUCUUACAAGUACCCAGUCGCUGUAACUGGUGUUAUCGGUUAUGUCGGAACUGGUCAGCCUCCUUUUGUUGCGUUGAGGGCAGACAUGGAUGCUCUUCCUAUGCAGGAAAUGGUGGAAUGGGAACACAGGAGUAAGAUUCCAGGGAAGAUGCAUGCUUGUGGACACGAUGCCCACACGGCUAUGCUGCUCGGUGCUGCGAAAUUACUCAAAGAACACGAGGGAGAAUUGAAGGGAACAGUUGUUCUAGUUUUCCAACCAGCUGAGGAAGGUGGAGGAGGUGCGAAGAAAGUCCUCGAGGCCGGAGUUCUCGACAAUGUCGAUGCGAUCUUCGGGUUUCACGUCUCGAAUUUCUUGAAAUUGGGUCAAGUCGCCUCCCGAGAGGGUCACCUUUUGGCCGGGAGUGGCUUUUUCGAGGCCAAGAUUAGCGGCAAAGGAGGUCACGCUGCUCUCCCUCAGCAUUCCAUUGACCCGAUUUUGGCUGCUUCUAAUGUUAUUGUAAGCUUGCAACACCUCGUUUCUCGUGAGGCCGACCCCUUAGACUCACAGGUGGUAACAGUGGCCAAAUUUGAAGGAGGUGGUGCUUUUAAUGUAAUUCCAGACUCGGUCACCAUCGGUGGUACAUUCCGAGCUUUUUCUAAAGAAAGCUUUAAGCAACUCAAAACACGAAUCGAGCAGGUUAUCACGAGGCAAGCCAGUGUGCAGAGGUGUAACGCAACAGUCGAUUUUCUCGAGGGGAAACCCUUUUUCCCGCCGACUGUAAACGAUAAAGACUUGCACCGGUUCUUCAAGAACGUUGCAGGCGAUGUUCUGGGCACUGAGAAUUACUCCGAGAUGAAACCGCUGAUGGGAUCAGAGGACUUCUCAUCGUACCAAGAAGUGAAACCCGGAUUCUUUUACUUUGUGGGAAUGCAAAACAAGGGUCAUCCACCAAUGGAUAACCCUCAUUCCCCGUAUUUUCGGGUUAACGAAGAUUCACUCCCUUACGGGGCCGCCCUCCAUGCUUCCUUGGCUACAAGAUAUCUCCUCGAGUCCCGACCCAACGGUUCAUCGCCUCACAUGAGUUACAAGGAUGAACUCUGAACAAGAUUUGUAUUUGUUCAGGCAUCUCCUGUAAUGGAAGAAUCCUCCAUUGAUUGUUAGACGACCACCUCCUUGUAAAAAUAAACAUGAUGACGGGUAUCUUCAUUCUAUUAAGCCUAUGGCUGAAGGGAAAUGUGACUUAGACCCAAAAGAAACAAUGAUUUGGCCGCCCUCAUAGUGAGAAUCUUUGAGUAAUUCUUGUUUCGAUAUCUUUCUUAUUAGUUCUGAGAAGCUAACAUUUAGCAGGCAAAAUUCUGUAACAGAGUAAAAAAAACUUGUGUAUAAUCUCAGAUUUUAGUAAUAUGGUUUCAGAAACU